AUGUCUUUCGGCAGACAUGCCUACCGGCAUGCUCUAAAGCCACCAGCUACUGCAACGCUUGACCAUCCCUGGAUUAGCGAUGACUUACUCGCAGCCACGUUUCGUCGCUUCGCCAACGGCCAACGGCGCCAUGGGAGCUGCGUUCCCGGACCAUUGGAAGCACGACGACGCCUAGCAAAGCGAAGAAACACCGCUCUGGCGAGCAUAGGAGGAGGCCCGGUUGAAGAUAUCGCGUGUCUAUUUGGCCGCAAUGGGAGGGAACACAUGAAAUGGACCGACCAUCCAUGGCAGAGAGCGCCUUUCGAAACCCAGAGUUUCACCGAUCAUUCUUUGCGUCCUCCUGAAGUACCUUUCUCUUUCUCCGACCAGAAUCCGGAGGCUGGACCCGAACCCAGCGAAUUUCAGACUACUCAUGCUCCGUCAUACCUCGCCAAUGCAAACCAAGCUACGCGUGAGCAGAUGCUAGAGGCAUUCUUGAAUGGGAACAAUUGGGGCAUUGAAGAUGCAAGGGACUUUACUCGUCGGCUGAGAAUUGACCUCCACCGGGAGCCGCGAUAUAGCCGGCAGAUAUUCGAGCGGUUACUUGCUCGUUCAGACCCAGACCUUACAGAAGCAAUUGCGUUCUUGGAUGAUCCGUUCCUGAAUACCCGGGGAUCCGGAAAUUACGCUGCAGCUGUUGAAAUCUUUGUUCGAACAAAAACGAAACGCGGCAAACGAACCGCUGUUUUAAACACAAUAAAUCGGGCGUUAGAGUUGGGGUUGAUUUCAACUGAUGAGAUCUGUCUGAUCAUUACCGCUUUACCAAAUAUCAUUGUCGAACGGAACAAGACUUUGGGAUUAUGGGACCAUAAAGCUUUGUUAAAGCACUACCGGGCGAUGUGGAAAGCUAUUGGGUGCUGUAACAUUCUCGGGUAUCACGAUCUGGACAGAAGCAUUGUUGAUGCUUGGCUGGGAGAGCUCUUGCGUACUCGCAGCUUUCGUUUUGCUGAGGAAAUCAUUAUCGAAACCCACGAUGCAGACAGUCGCAGUCAGUGGCCUUCCACUUUAGUUCAAGCUUGGUUGGAAACUAUGGAAGUCGAUUCGGAGACAAACCUGCCGUUUCCCGACAAGAUAUUCAGCCAGCUUGAUGUUAACAGUGCGGCGGACUGUGUCAUUCGUGUAACAGAGGCAUUGGCAUCGUCUUCAGCAGACAGGGUCUCCAGAAACCAAUUGCUUGAAAGAUGGCGGGAUUGCCUCUCAAAGGCUGAAGUCAUUUCGACCGUUGCCAAGUCACAGGUCUGGUUCGAUUUCCCUCUCCCGUGUGUUCAAACACAAAUCAAGCAUACCCCUCUGAGCCAUUCAACUCAAAGUCAGAUCAUUUUGCGACUCUGGCUUUUACGAACGCUUGGUCGAUCCACUGGGCCCAUGUACAACCAGAGUGAAAGAGCAACAGAUCAACCGAUCUGCUCGUUGCUCAAUCUCUACGAAACGGUGAUACAAGAUACCAGCGGAAUAUUCUUCCCGGACUUCUUGCGGGAAAUCCAUGACCUCGACCUCCCAUACAACAGCCUUCUGCUCCUAGCCCUCAACAAAAAGGGCAAAACUUCCAUUACCAAAACCACCCGCAGAACCCUCGAACGGCUGGAAACCACCCAGCUCUCCCUAGCAGAGGUGUGGACAAACCCAUCCAUAUAUAAAGGAAUACAAAGACUCUUCCACACCACAUUCGACCAAAUGUUCCAUCGCAUGAACCUCACCGACCCGGCUACAGUUGAAGAAAUCCUGAAUGUUGUUCGAUCAGGAGACUCAACGAACAUUUGGCCCAUUCUCAGACUUCUCAAUAACAACACCCCGUUUAAGGUCAGCCUCCACAAAGCCUGGCAGCCCAUUCCACACCCAGAUGAGAAAGUCCUCGUACGAUACCACCCAGGCCCGCGGACCAGCCGAUGCCCCGAUCCCCAUGCUGCUGUCGACCUCAUAAACCAGCUGGCUGUUGCUCUCUCCUGCUGCAAGCACUUGACUCCGUGCCAGUCUUUCCAUAUGGUCCACUGGCUUUACGGGUAUCUUCGCAGACACGGCGGGCCCGUGGAUCCGGAGUUCGUGCGGGCUAUGUAUCAUGCUGGUGUUGUCCGAUACCGUCGUGACGGUCGCCGUAUCUCGGCUACUCAGUACGAGUACAUCCUUUGGAUCGUCGGAAAGUUUGAAAGCUCUGAGGUUGUUGAAGAGCUCACUGCUCUGCCUCAGAUUGGUGAAUCAAGGCCUGACUGGCGGUAG